UGUUUCCGACGGAACCCAGAGCAAGUGAGAGAUGGGGAAGAAAGGGAAGGAGGCGGCGCGGGAGCGGCGCGAGCAGCGCCGCCGCGAGGUCACCCUCCUCCGGGCUCUCCCCUACGAGCCCCACCAGCGAUGGUGGGACCGCCUGGCGCCGCGGGCCGUGGCGGUGGUCACGGGCGCCAACCGCGGGAUAGGCUUCGAGGCCGCCCGCCAGCUCGCGCUCCACGGCCUGCACGUCGUGCUCGCCUCCCGCGACGCCGCCAAGGGCCAGGACGCCGCGGGGAGGAUCCUGGCGGAGGCUCCCGAUGGCGCGGUCGUCAGCGUGGAGUCCCGGCAGCUUGACGUGGCGGACGCCGCGUCCGUGGAGGCCUUCGCGGCCUGGGCGGUGGAAACCCACGGCGGCAUCCAUGUCCUUGUUAACAAUGCAGGUGUAAACUUCAACAAAGGAGCAGAUAAUUCUGUUGAGUUUGCUGAGCAAGUUAUCAAGACAAAUUACUAUGGCACAAAGCGGAUGAUUGAUACUAUGAUACCACUAAUGAAACACUCCCCGUAUGGUGCUCGGAUAGUGAAUGUCAGCUCAAGGCUUGGUAGAGCCAAUGGCAGACGGAAUAGAAUUGGUGAUGCGAGUCUAAGAGAUCGUCUGUUGAAAGAUGAUUGUUUAUCAGAGCAGCUAGUUGAUGAGAUGAUCACGAAAUUUCUCGAACAAGUCAAGCAAGGUACUUGGUCCUCCAAUGAGUGGCCACAGAUGUACACGGACUAUUCGAUCUCAAAGCUUGCUGUUAAUGUUUAUACACGACUGAUGGCAAGGAGGCUCUCGGAUCGACCUGAAGGCCAAAAGAUAUACAUUAACUGUUUCUGCCCUGGCUGGGUAAAUACUGCCAUGACUGGUUGGGAAGGGAAUAUUUCUGCCGAAGAAGGUGCUGACACAGGUGUAUGGCUCGCCUUAUUACCUCAGGAACCACCCACAAAUGGGAAGUUCUUCGCUGAGAGAUGUGAGAUAAGCUUCUAAGGCUAUUCAUGAUUUUGGGCUUGGGAGCAAUCAUAUGACAAGGUCACAAGCAGAUGGUCAAGAUCAUUAAAGGGGCACCACUGUUACAUUGAUGGAAAGCCCAUGACCUCAAAUCUUGUUAAUUAAGGUGAUCUACGAAAUGUUUGUUGGCUAUGAAUGAAGUAUCAUAAAAGCGGAACGUUUAUCAGGACCACUAGAAUGGCAAGUUGGGAAGCACGACCAGCUGGCUGCUUCCUACGUGUGCUACAAGCUCUCAGCAAUGACCUGUAUUGAAGUGCAUGUUGCACCAUGGGUUGCAUUUGCGUUGGGUUCAGGCCACAUCACUGUUGAGUUUUCCUUCUGUCAGUGUUAUAUGUUUGGUUGGGUUUUAGCAUAGCAAGGUGAAUGUACAAUUGCAGCAUGGCUGUACCAUCAAAUCAUUCAGACUGAAGUGGUUUUCAUGAAGCAACAAAGCACGUGUAUUAUUUGGGCCUUGGAGUUGGAGACAAAUUGGCUGUAGGCAUGUCGAUGCCAGGGUCAAUUCAACAGUCCCUCAACCAAGCUUUAUCCUCUGCAGACAGAAGAUGCAAAGAGCCAUGCAUGAAAAUUAGGGCAAGGCCAUGCCGGCGGAUAACAAGACUGUUGGUUUAAUCCGGCACAGCUACUCCCUGCACAUCCGGUGCUCAGGUUUCUGUCAUUCUAUGGCACAUAACCUUUGCCUACCUGUCUGCAAGUUGCAUCCUCUAAUGGAACCGCGCCGUGCGCCAUGGAUCUGUCCAAGUGUACGGAUUGGUUCAGUCAGUAAUUAGCUGAUGUAAGCUAGAGUUGCCACCAGCAAACCUAUUGAUUGAUUGAUCGAUAGAUCUAAUAAGCAUGUCUUCCAUUUUUAUUC